AUGUUCCUGAGAGUACUUGUAGGCUUCUGGCACCUGUUUGGUCUUUGGCUUCUGGUUACUGGAAGCGGUGCACGUGAGCAGAAUCCUCCUCCGCCCCUGUUGCUGGUAUCAUUAGACGGCUUCCGAGCUGACUACCUGCAGAGAUUCCCUAUGCACAACUUAACACGCUUGUACAGCCAGGGGGUCCUGGUGGAGCAACUCACCAAUGUCUUCGUCACAAAGACCUUUCCUAACCACUACAGCCUGGUGACGGGACUCUACGCAGAGUCUCACGGCAUCCUUGCCAGCUCGAUGUAUGACCCAAGCAGCCACAAGCACUUCCACAUUAGCAAUAGCAGCGAUCCAAUGUGGUGGAAUGAGGCAACACCUAUCUGGAUCUCAGCACAUGAAGCAGGCUACAGGACGGCCAUAGCCAUGUGGCCCGGCUCUGACGUUGCAAUCCACAACCAAACUCCCACACACUUCUUACCUUACAGCUCUGAAGUGACCUUCCGCGAGCGUUUGGACAAUGUGACAAAGUGGAUGCUAGGAAGUGAGAAGGUGGAAGGAGCCAAGUUUGCAGCUCUCUACUGGGAGGAGCCCGACCGAUCGGGUCACAUUUAUGGACCUGAAAAUACUUCAGCCAUUGGCAAAGUGCUGAAAGAAGUUGACGACAACAUCGGCCUGCUGAUUUCGGAACUGAAUCGGACCGGCCUGUGGGAUCGCGUUAACGUUGUGGUGACGAGUGACCACGGCAUGGCUCAGUGCUCUCCCGAUCGCCUCAUAAGGCUGGAUGACUGCUUGCACCCUGACAACUACACACUGGUAGACCUCACACCUGUCGCAGCCCUCAUCCCAAACAAUGAGCCGGAGGCUGUCUUUGCCCUGCUUAAGAAAUGCCACGCGCACAUGACUGCCUAUUUGAAAGAGGCCCUCCCCGAUAGUUUGCAUUACCGCAACAAUGAACGCAUCCAGCCCAUUUUACUGAUCGCUGACGAGGGAUGGACCAUAAUCCGACGAGGGAACAAGCUACCGAGGCUGGGCGAUCACGGCUACGACAACUCCCUACCCAGCAUGCAUCCCUUUAUGGCAGCUCGGGGUCCCAGCUUCCGCAGGGGUUACCGACUAAAGACUUUGGAAAGCGUGGAUAUUUACUCGCUCAUGUGCCAUCUGCUAGCCGUGUCCCCGCAACCUAACAAUGGUACCCUAGCCAAGGCGCGGUGCAUGCUCGUGGCCGAAUGCGGCUGGGAUGCGUCGGCACUGGUUGGUCUGGCGAUGGGCAUCAUAAUCGUAUUCGCUACGCUAACUGUUCUGUUCAAGCUAAUGACCCGCUGGCUACAGCCAUCCACUCCUCAACCCUUCCAGAGACUUGAAGUCGAUCUCGUCGACGAUGAAGAGGAAGCCCUGCUCGAGUAA